GCUUCUUUCUUUUCCAUUUCAACCUCCAGAGACUUCAGCUCCAUGAAAACAGAAUAACUUCAAUAGAUGUUAAUACAUUUAAAGGUUUCUCUGCCUCUGAUAGUUUAGAUGCACUCAAUUUAGCUUCCAAUAAUAUCAAGGAAAUACCUGAAAAAUCUUUCCAAUCUUUAAGCUCACUUAAUUCACUUGCUCUUGAAAAGAAUCGCAUCUCAGCAAUCCAUCCAUUUGCAUUCCAAGGAAUCGAAGAUUCAUUGGAAUGGUUAACAUUAGGUGAUAACAUUUUAAACUCAAUACCCAGUUAUGCGCUUCAAAAUUUGACGCGGUUAAGGCAGUUGGAUCUUAGAGGAAAUAACAUCACAAUUGUUGAGGAAAACUCUUUUAAAGACUUUGGUGGGAAUCUCAAAUUUUUGUACCUCAAAAACAACAGGUAA